AUGGCCACUCCAACCAAAGAAAAGAGUAACCGCUUCACUGACGCCGAUAUCCUAUCCGACCUCCAAACGUACAAGCCCGUCACAGAUUCACACACCCGCAACGUCUGGGCCUUCUGGGACAAAGGCCUGUCCAACAGCCCCGAAUGGAACCAGCGCAAUGUCAUGAGCUGGGUUCGACGGCUCGGCCCCACGUGGACAGUCCGAGUCUUGGACCUCGUCGAGGGCUCCCCCAACCAUGUGUCCCAGUAUAUUCCACGCGAACUGCUCCCAGACGUCUUCUGGAAUCGAACAAUGACGGGCCCUCAUGUAGGACAGCAUAGCUCCGACCUUAUCCGCCUGCCGCUGCUCUACCUCUAUGGCGGAGUGUGGCUCGACGUCGGGAUGCUUCUGUUCCGGUCGUUGGACGCCCUGUGUUGGAACGCCCUGGAAGAUCCCGAGACGCCGUACGAGGUGGCGGCGUUUAGAGUUUCCAUGGGCCCCGAGCUCUCCUUCCUGUUCAACGGGUUCAUUGCGGCGCGGCGGGGAAGUCUCUGCAUCAAUCUAUGA